AUGCUUCUUUUUAAAACUGAGGCACCGGAUUUACCUUUACCUCCAGAGCCACUAAUAACACGAUGGGGCACCUGGAUAAAUGCAGCCAUAUAUUACUGUGAACACUUUGAGAUAAUUUUCAAUAUUGUAAAUAAAUUAGAUUCAGAGGAUGCUUUGAGUAUAAAAAAUGCAAAAAAAUACUUGGCAACACCUCACAUUAAAAAUGAUUUAGUCUACAUAAAAUCAAAUUUUAGUUAUCUUACUACAUCAAUUACAAAAUUGCAAACUGAAGGUGUUUCUUUAGCUGAUUCAAUUGAAAUUAUUGACAAUGUAAGUGUUGCAAUGAAAUGUCUUACUGGGACAACUGGGAAAAAUAUCUGUACAAAGAUGGAAAAUGUAUUGAGGAAAAAUGUUGGUCUUGCUAUGCUAAAGAAAAUUAAAAACAUUUUUAAUGGUGAAUUAAUUGACAUGAAAGACUUACCAGAAGACUUAGAUAUUAAUGAUCUGACAUAUUUUAAAUAUGCUCCCAUCACAUCGGUAAACGUAGAAAGAUCAUUUUCCGCCUAUAAAAUUUUACUUACAAAUAAUAGAAGGUCUUUCAAAGUCGAGAACAUAAAAAAACAUUUGAUAAUCCAGUGUAACGCAAGUAUAGAUGAUGCUGAGUGUUGAAAAAUCCAAAGACCUCCAAUUCAACAGUUUUUACAUUUUAUUUUAUUAAUAUAGCAUGUAUAAAAUAUACA